CUCUCUUGAUUGCAGGUUGUGAGAGAAAAUCAGACCAGCACAACACAAGGGCAUAUGACUUCGUAUCUGCGGCAGAAGUUUCAGUCUCUCACAGUCUCCGAAGAUGCAAAACAUGGUGACCUCGACUCACAGAAUAGAGAAGAAAUUGAGCGGACUAGAAUUCUAACUGCGAAAGCUCUUGUUCUUCAACAAGAUCCCUCUGCUAAGGAUGUGGAUGACUUGAUGAUCCGUAGGUUUCUUCGGGCUCGUGAUCUCGAUGUUGACAAGGCGUCAGCCAUGUUUCUAAAGUACUUGAAAUGGAGGAGAGAAUCUAUUCCAAAUGGCUUCAUAUCUCCAUCCGAAAUCACUAAUGAACUGGCCCAGAAUAAGUUAUUUGUGCAAGGUCAUGACAAGGCCGGACGCCCCAUCAUGCUCGUUUUCGCAGCCCGCCACAAGCCUGCAUCCACUACCGUGGAAGAGAUCAAGCGAUUUGUCAUUUACAUUCUUGAGAAAAUAUGUAGCAGAAUGCCAAACGGACAUGAGAAGUUCACUACCAUUGCUGAUCUACAUGGAUGGGGCUAUGCAAACAGCGACAUUCGCGGAUAUCUUGCUGCUUUAACUAUUCUGCAAGAUUGCUACCCGGAGAGGCUGGGCAAGUUGUUGAUCAUCAACGCGCCCUACAUAUUCAUGACUGCAUGGAAGAUGGUUUACCCAUUUAUUGACAAAAACACAAAGAGAAGGAUUGUUUUCGUGGAGGACAAAAAACUAAGACCUACUCUGCUCCAAGAUAUUGAUGAGGAUCAGCUUCCCGAUUCUGUCGGAGGGCCCCUGAAGUUAGUACCCAUUCAGGACUGCUGAUACGGAUCGAGAUGAGAGGCUGCUAAUUCACAUAUAUUCUUUUGCUACUAUGCUUGUGGUUCUAUAUCAAUUACGCCACAUUGCCUUCCAUAUUCAUACACAGUUCUCAAGUUUAGGAUAAUUUUACAGCAUAAGAACAUACUUACAAAAUCUGUAAGGAUCUAUUUCGUAAUUACAUUCGAGUUCAAAAACA